CCGAUUCAACCAAUCAAUGAGUAUUCCUACACGUGACUAAUUCUAACAGGUUAAAGUGUGAGAGCUACAACAACGUGGAUUUGUUUUCAUUAAUUUUCAAAUUAAAACGAAUUGCGUUAUGCAAAUCGAAUGUUCUUUUAAAAUUUAUAUUGUUUUCAAAAUAUUUUUACUGUGAUAUAAAGUCAUGACUAAUAUAAAAGCAGAGGACAUUGAGGAAUUGCUAGCACUAUUUUCGAGAAAGGGACAAUAUGACGCCAGAACCGGUGAACAGAAUUAUGAAAUACAUAGGAAAUGUGAGGAGCUUUUUGAGAAAGAUUAUAUCUACUGUAAAAUUGAGAAUGAAAAAGGUUCAUUAUCUGCAAAUUAUCCAUCUCAGAUUAUAGUUCCUACUGAAGAAAGGUCUUUUUCAUCGAAAGAUUCAGAUUCUUCAAAAGGGGCACCUUACUCUGCAAGCAGCUUUGAUGCUUCAAAAUUUAAAGAAAUUGCAAACAAAUCAAAUUUAGCUCGAUGCAGAACAAGAUUUCCAGUUCCUGUAAUAUUAUACAAAGGCAAGUUUGUUUGCCGAUCUGCAACUUUAGCGUGUGGUGGUGAAAUGCUUUGGAGGGACAUGUCAGUUUGUAUAUUUAACACUUCAACGUCAGAAUCGGAAGAUAAAUCCACUCCAGUUAGUCGGAAUGGGCCUUUAUUUACUGAAUUGCGUAGUCAGGAUAUCAAGUUGCUUAAAGAAUUAUCUGUUAAUUAUAUCUGUGAUCUUAUGGUUGAAAAUAAAAAAGUCAAAUAUGGUUUAAAGGUCAGUUCUUCAGAGAAGAUUGAUAAAGAAAAUAGAUACUGUGAUUUCAAAAUUGUUCAACUUCCGUAUCCAGGUUGUGAAUUUUUUAAGAAAUUCAAAGACAAUAAUUACAUUGCUGAAGGUUUAAUGUUUGAUUGGGAACAGAAUUAUGUUGAUUCAUCUUUGACAUUGCCAUCUGAUUCCAUAGCAUCUGCUCUUGGAAUUCAUUGGUCAAAUUACAAAGUGUGGGAUCUUGUCAAACUAACACAAAACUACUUAAAAUUGCUUGUAACAUAUGUUGUUGAGGGGACUUCCAGCAUCCUUAUUCAUUGUAUAUCAGGCUGGGAUCGUACUCCUUUGUUUGUCUCUCUUCUACGUAUGUCAUUAUGGGCUGAUGGUCAAAUACAUUCAAGUCUGUCUGCAGUAGAAAUGGCCUAUUUAACUUUAGCUUACGACUGGUAUCUUUUUGGUCAUGAUCUACCAUCACGAUUAAAAGUUGGCGAGGAAAUCCUGUUUUUUUGUUUUGAAUUUUUGAAGUUUAUUACAUCAGAUGAUUUUUCUUCAAGAAAAAGAAGUAGGAAGAUCAGCAGUAAUUGUGCAGAUCCUCCAUUAGAUGUCUUGCUUGAAGAGGAAUCGACAGAAAAAUCUUUAAUCAACAGUAUUAGUUCAUCUAAUCUUCAAAAAUUGGAAAAUGGAAGCACAUGCAUAUUUUACACAAGCCUUGAGAACAAUCCAGAUAAUUAUGCAUCUAUGUUUUAUUCUUGUAUCGAUCCAGAUGAUACAGAUAAUGUCAAGAGUGUCAAAUUAAAUAUUCAGAAUGAAGGUUCUUCUGAUUCAGACAAUCCUCCAACAUUAGUGAAUAGUGCAGAUAGCUUAUCAAAUCAGAAUGGUUUAAGUUCAUCCAGUAGUCCAGUUCCAGUUCCUAAUGCAAGGCCUAGAUUUGACAGCAUGUCAAGCUUGGGAAGUUGGCAAUAUGUUUCUGGAACUGGUAGCUUAUUGGGAUCCGUGACUUCUAGAAGUUCAUCAGAGAUGAACUCCAAUGGUUCGCAUUCUAGCUCAAAUCAAGAAAAUGGAAAUAUUGGAUGUUCUUUACCAUCAGUUAGUCAAGAACGAGCUGAAAAGCUUGGUGCUAUCCGGACUUUAAUACAUCGCAUAUAUCGGAAAAUUAUUGAGAACAAAGAUAAUUUUAAUGGAGAAAGGUAUAGUUAUUUUCCAUGGCGAAGAUGACAAGAAAUGGAAGCUGUAUGAUAUUUAAAGUGGUUCAUGUAAUUUUCAAAAUAUGGAGAAUUAAUUGUACAACAAGAUCUUUUUAAGCUCUUUGUUUUAUUAAUCUUUAUUUAUUUUUUUAUGUUCAAAUUUUUCUAAUUGCUAUGGAAUGUGUAUGCACUUAUUUUCUUCAUAUGUAUAUUUUUCAUAUGAAUUAUCCACAUAUUUGAUUAUAUUUUCUUGUUUUUGUUAUUAAUAUAUUGUGCAAUGUUAAAGCCGAUUGUCCAUUUGGAUGGAUUUUCAUAUGGACAAAUACAUUUGAUAGAUAUAUAUAUAAUUGUUUUUUUUAAUUAUUUAAUACUAUUUGAUUGCUUAUUUAUCAUCAUCCAUUCAUGAAAAUCUUUUAUACAUUCAUAUUUCAUCAUCUAUUUCUUUAUGAUAAUAAUUUGUUCCAGAAAUCACU